GGAAAUGGCGGCACCAGUAAUCUCUCUUCUUCUUGUAGCCUCAUUGAUGCCACUCACAAAGACGUUGAAGUCCUCCUGCUGCUCUCCAAUUGUGCCUAUUAUGUGGCCUACUAUGAUGAUGAGGUGGACAAAGUGAACCAAUAUCAGCGCCUGAGUCUGGACGACUUGGAGAAGAUUGAGAUCGGCCCGGAACCGACGUUUUUUGGGAAGCCCAAAUUCUCAUGUAUGCGGCUCCACUACAGACGCCAGGGGAACAGCGGCUACUUCCACACAUUGAGGGCUGUGGCUCGGAGCCCCGAAGAGGAUGGAAAAGACACGCUGCUGUGUAUAGCGGAGAUGCUGCGAAUUACCAAACAAGCCAUGGAGUCCGACGUCCCCGUCAUUGAGAAGAAGCUGGAGAGGAAGAGCAGCAAGCCUCAUGAGGACAUCCUCGGGAUACAAUCCAAAAGCCAGAAGCUGGGAAUGAACAGCAUGGGUCUGACCCAGAGCAAGAACUUCUUGAUGAGUAAAUUCUCCUCCCUCAACCAAAAGGUCAAACAAACCAACAUCGGAAAUCUCCGCAAGUUGGGUCCCUUUAACAAGGAAGUGAAGGGCUUCCUCAAACCCAACCUGCAGGCCAAUCCUUGGAAAUCCGACAGCAGCCUGGAAAAUCCCGGCACAGAGACCAAAGACCACGCGGAGUCGGACUUGGAGCUCUCGUCAGACAGCGACUCCUUCCAUUCCGAUGACUACAUUCCGAAGUCGGAUGACGACGGGCUGGUCUCGGGCUCUCUAGAGAACAUCGGGCAGCUGGACUAUGUCCUCCCGAGCUGCGGGAUCAUCGCCUCUGCCCCACGCUUGGGCGGCCGGUCGCAGUCCGUCAGUAGUGCUGAGCCAAGUCUCCACCACCCUACGGAGAUCCAGGUGACCCAGUGCGAAGCAUCACCGGAGCAGAAGGUUCUUGUGGAUUUCGGAACGCCGAUCGACGCUUACUGCCACCAGUUUGUCCACGAUGCCCAGACCAAAGAUGGCGACUGUGCGGGCAGCGAUGGUGGUAAAGAACAAAUGGACCAAGUAGUAUUGCGCAAUAAUUCCCCCCGACCAUCUACUGAAGUGGAGCCGGAAAUAGAACAACUUCCUCGGCCCUCCCAGCUGGAGGUGUCUGGAACUGACGCCGGCUCCCGCUUGUCUGUAGACUUUUCCGCGGCCUCGGGCCGGUCCAGCCCCGGCUCUGGCGCCUCCCCGGCCGACAGCAGCGGCAGCAGAGUUGUCUCUCCGUUCGCCAAGAUCCGCAGUUCUGUCGUCCAAGUGGCAAACAUCACCCAGGCCGGGCUGGCGCAAGGCAUUAACUUUGCCGUGGCUAAAGUGCAGAAGUCUCCGGAGCCGACGACCGUACCGGCCCAGCUACCCAACGACUUCAAGGAACUGUUCACACAGUGUCAGACCCGCAUCAUACAAAUCUAAUGACCACCGCCGGCUCCGCCCACAUAUAGGACGUCACUUCCAACAAUGUUUACAUUUUUA